CACACACACGUAUAUAUACACACAGACACACUCUCUUUCUCUCUCCCUCUCUCUCUCUCUCUCUCUCUCUCGGUACUUGAUUUCCUUUGGUGCUACACAUUUUACUGAAACACCCCGGCGGAUUUAACCGUAGAGGAAUAAAGACUUGAAACAACACAAAUAAGAAGAUACGGUGGUAGCGCAAAGAAGGUUACAGAAUCAUGGCACCAAAUCCUGUCAUUCAAGCCAUUAUUGAUUUAUCAGCCGGAGCAUGUGGUGGAAUAGCAUGUGUGCUGUGUGGCCAGCCGUUCGAUACCGCCAAGGUGAAGAUGCAGACCUUUCCCGGGAUGUAUCGUGGCUUUGUGCACUGCUUUGUGUCCAUUUCAAAGCAGGUGGGGUUGCGUGGUCUAUAUCAUGGCACUACCCCAGCUCUGAUGGCCAACAUUGCUGAGAAUGCAGUUCUCUUCAUGAGCUAUGGCUUCUGCCAGGAUGUUGUGCGCUUUGUGGUCGGCCUGGACAGAGGAACAGAGCUCAGUGAUGUUCAGAAGGCUUGCUCUGGCUCUGUGGCCUCCAUCUUCUCCUCACUGGCUUUGUGUCCCACUGAACUAGUGAAGUGUCGUCUGCAGGCAAUGCAUGAAAUGGAGGCAUCCGGCAAGAUCGCAGGUGGAGAAAAGAGCACUGUGUGGUCUGUAGUUAGGCAUGUGCUAAAGACAAACGGUCCUCUGGGUUUUUAUCAAGGCCUGACCACUACCAUAGUCCGGGAGAUUCCUGGCUAUUUCUGCUUCUUUGGAGGCUAUGAGCUGAGCCGUUCUGUUUUUGCCCGCACUAUGGGCAGGAGUAAAGAAGACAUAGGCAUCGUGCCCCUGAUGUUUAGCGGUGGGUUUGGAGGAGCCCUUCUCUGGCUAGUUGUCUAUCCGAUAGACUGUGUGAAAUCCCGCAUUCAAGUUCUCUCCCUGGCUGGAAGACAAGAAGGAUUUAUAAAGACAUUCCUUGGCAUCGUACGCAAUGAAGGAGUGCGACCUCUGUACUCAGGUCUAACCCCAACUAUGAUCCGCACAUUCCCUGCCAACGGUGCACUCUUUCUAGCCUACGAAUUUAGCCGCAAGACGAUGAUGAAACAGUUUGAUGUGUGACGCAAGGAUUUGUGAUCCAUUUUAAACAUUCUGUGCUUUCUGCACAUUAGGGGUGUCUUCAUAAUAUAUAUAAGAUUAUUCUAAAUAACUCUAAUGCUGCCUGUUAUUUUUAAAUUUUAUUUUAUUUUUUAUGUUGGUAUGAAAAGUAGUCAUAUAAGUUCCUACCUUCCACACUGGCUGAUCCAUGUCAUUUUAUUUACCAGCCCAUUAAAUCUUUAGAUGGAAAAAAUACUUUCCUAGAAGCAUAAAUAAAUCUGUUUCCUUCCCAUAAGGUAUUUUACCAUGUAAGUUUAAUUUGCAUCUGAAAAACCAGAUGCUUUUCCCUUAUUAUAUAAUUUAGGUUCUUGGUUGUCACACAGUUCUUUACACAGUCUCAUAUAAACAGUAUACUUUUAAGAAACCAUUUCUGAGACAGUAAUAGUUUUGUAGUGUAUGACAAUAUUAUAUCUAAAAUAGAAAUGCAAAUGUAAACACACACACACACAUCUUGUAUUAUUUUAAGUAACUGACUGACAAAUUAUAACCUGUUUUGUGACUAAAGCAUACAUUUCUCCUACAAUUAUAACACAUUUUUAUGUACUUGAGCUGUGUGACUGUGAGUGCUGACAUUGUUAGCCAGUUCAACUACUAGGUGCAGAGCAACACUUAAACACAUCUACAGUAUUUAAUUGCAGUGAACACGUUAAAAUGUGAUAUUUCUCUAUUAUAGAGUUUUCCAGGAAACUUGUCAGAAACUGUCCUAUAUACGAUACCUCUUCAAAUUGGACAAAGCCUCCCUUUUCGAUCAUUUUUCUGGAUUUGUAGGCAGGACUUUUGUGUUUUUAGGUUUGCCUGAAGUUAAUCAUCUGGCAGACCAACGUUAAAGUAGUUUAGUUUAUAUUUUCAUUCCAGUACAGUUUGAGAGAGAGAGAGUCAGAGAGGACCAGCGCACAUCCAAAGUCAAUAUAUACACUAUGAUAUAAAAGGAUUGUACUACAUGGACUACUUUACAGUUACAACUUAUUUAAAGAAGUGUCAUGUUGUUACCAUCAGUGGAAGAGAUUUUAAAUCAUCAGUGUUUAUCUUGUAAACUGCUGUGUGCCUUUUUUGUUGGGGUUUGGGGGGACAAUGCACAUGACAUAUUUUAAUUUAUCAUUUAACUAUACCGUAAAAAGUAGCAUGUUUACACCGAUCAGGCAUAACAAUAUGACCACCUGCCUAAUAUUCUGUUGGUCCCCUUUUUGCUGCCAAAAUAGCACUGACCUGACGAGGCAUGGACUCCACUAGAUCCCUGAAGGUGUGCUGUGGUAUCUGGCACCAAGAUGUUAGCAGCAGAUCUAGAAUGGAUUUUGAACUACUACUACUAUUAAUAAUAAUAAUAAUAAGAAGAAGAAGACAAAAUGUUUUAAAUUUGUUACAUCAAAGUCUAAGAAUUACUAUAGAUCACACACAAAUUAUAUAUGGCUGACCCUGUGCUCUGACCCCAACCUCCAAGGAUGGGAUACGCGAAGAAAGAAUUUCACUGUGCUGUAAUGUAUAUGUGACAAAUAAAGGCUGUUUUGUUUCA